AUGCACCGCUUCGGGCCGGCUGCUUCGGGCCAGGGCCCGCGGGACGCCGCGGGAUGCUCCGCUCCCCUCCCGGCCCCGCAGGAACCCGCACCCAACCCGUACCUGUGGCCGGGCGGUCCCGCCGCUCCGUGCCUGCCCUCCGGGGCCGUGCUGGGGCCGGGGACGGAGCGGGGGUGGCCAGCGCUGUCGCCAGCCCGCCCUCCCUACUCGUACUCGGCGUUGAUAGCCAUGGCCAUCCACAGCUCGCCCGGCCGGCGCCGCACGCUCAGCCAGAUCUACCAGUUCGUGGCCGAGAAUUUCCCCUUCUACCGGCGCGCCAGGGCCGGCUGGCAGAACUCCAUCCGCCACAACCUGUCCCUGAACGAGUGCUUCAGGAAGGUGCCACGGGGCGAGGACGAGCCGGGCAAAGGCAGCUACUGGACGCUGGACCCGAACUGCGAGAAGAUAUUCGACAACGGGAAUUUCAGGAGGAGGAGGAAGCGGCGAGCGGAGGCGGCCGGAGCGGCGCAGGGCACCGGGGACAGCGGUGGGGACCAGCGGGUAGCGCGGCCACCCCAGCCCGAGGCCACCGUGACCGGGUUCAGCCCCAGUUGA